AUGCCGAAAAUUGUUUCACGCUCUGCUGUUUCAACAUCAACUGAAGGCAAGGCGCAGCCAACACAGUCCUCCACAGCAACACUGCGCGUCUAUUAUUGCAUAUGCGGGGAGUUUAUUCUGGUCAUCGACAAACUUUUGACAUCCUUGCCUCGAAGAAAGACGGAUAACGCGAUCAUCAUUCGUUCUCAGGACAGCGAUGAGGCAAAGGCUCGCGUAUUCAAGCUGAACGCGGCGGCGGCGGAGCCUAUUCUUCUGGAAAGGGAAGGUGGUUACGAGCGUCAAUACCGAUUUACGUGUCCUCGGUGUACAUUGCCGGUUGCCUACCAAACUACGCCGCCUCCUGUGAAAUCUGGGCCUUUCUUGUACAUCUUUUCGGGUGCUCUCACCCAGGUCCAAGGUCAAGUACCACCAGACGCAUUCGAAUUGGGUGUCAAAUCGACAGACAAACCCGCUAAGGUUACGGCUUAACUGCGCUCCAUCCGAGCGUCCAAUCGCGCUUUGGUGAAAGUCGUUUCUUUAGAUACAUAUAUCAUCUGACUGUGCUUGUCGGCCUCUACCUCCUUUCGGUCACUAAUCUGUAACAACUGUUUGUAUCAUAUAUAUUUGACGGCUGCCUGGCAACAUCUGGCUGGACACGCGUGUGCCACUCUGCUUUUCUCCCACUACACUGGCUGAAAGGAUACCGGUUCGGACCACUGGUUGUUGUCGUCGCGCUUAAGGUACACUCGCCAUCGAUUAUUACUCGUUAAAUAAAGUGCAAUCUAAGCGAUGCAGAGAUCAAAAGUCUAUGCAUGCUCCUUUUGGUCCACAACCGAGCGCCGUCCGAGACCUCACUGAUAUAUGCCCCGCUCUGGCUGGUGCCACACUAAUGGAUGUCAUAGCGGUCACUCGCCACGGAGUGUACGGGCAUACUUCUUUUUAAGACAUCAUGCCAUCUCAUGAACACUGAACGUGUUGCCGAAGCUCACGCAACUCACUGUCAACCACCACCGUCGACAGUCCUCUAUGGCCGGUCCCUCCAACGGCUUGACGGUGUUGUUCCUCUUCUUUCACAUCGCUGGUGGUAUUGUUGGACUUCCGAUUGUUGUCCUGAGUAUUGUCGCGUCGCGUCAGCCUAGUCGGCAUCCAACAUUGCUCAAUUUCUGUGCCACAUGGUUCUUCUCUUCUUU